AUGUUAAGAUUGAUUUUGCGUCAGGGAACGGCAAAGCCAAUUCUGGGGUUCUGUCGGAAGAAGCUAUUGGUGCCAACUUUCCUCGCCUUCAACUGUAACCGCCAAUAUUCGAAAACUCCAUUUCCUUUGGAUUACGAGAAGGUCCAAAAGGAACGAGAAUUGGAGAAGUUACCAAAGUACAAGAGAUGGGCUAUUUACUUUCAAACCAAUGAGUUCAAAAGGAGAAUGACCAAGUACUAUCUUGGUAUGUUUACAGUGAUGGUUGUUGCAUUCUACUACUAUAUGAGAGAUCGUUACUAUGAGGACAAGCAAAUGAAACACAUCAAGGCCAAAUACAGUGAGGAUCCAUCAAGUCUUAGCGAAUACGAAUACAUGAAAAUGAAGGCUCUCAGUGGUGAGAAAUUGAAACCAAAAGAGGAGAAGAAGUUUCGCCUCUAUCAGAUGAUGAGAAAGGAGUUUCGUCGUAAGCAUAUUCUUGAGUAUGAUACUAUGUUCGAACCUACUCCAGCUGACUUAGAAGAAUGGUACAGUAAACAAGCCCGCAAACCUGUGAAGAUCUCUGUUGACAAGGAGGAAGAGAAUAAUGAAUCUGUUUCUGACGUUGUUAUUUCUAACUCUACUAACCCUAACAUCCAGCCUCCUCAAGACACUACUAAGUUCUAUGAUGAUAUGGCAGAGAAAUAUGAUAGUCAAAUCAAGUGGGAAGAAGCAGGAAUGUUUAUGGGACGCCGCAGAAAGUGGUUGAUGAGUCAGGCUGAAGGAAAUGUUUUGGAAGUUGCUUGCGGAACCGGUAGAAAUAUACCGUAUUUUAUUCCCGACCAGAUAGAGUCCAUUACAUUCUUAGACUCCUCAGAAAAGAUGGUGGAGGAAACUCAGAAGAAUUUCCGCAAAAGAUUCCCUAAAUUCAAAAACGCUGCUUUCGCUGUGGGUAAGGCUGAAUCAUUGGUUGAUAUCUCUUCUGAAAAUUUCAAGUACGAUACUGUCAUUGAAGCUUUUGGAUUGUGCGCCCACGAGGAUCCAGUUGCAGCCUUGAAGAACAUGGCAAAGUUAUUGAGACCCGGAGGAAGAAUUGUUUUGUUGGAGCAUGGCCGUUCUACGUGGGAUUUCGUUAAUAAACAUUUGGAUUUCCGCUCGGAGAAAAGAAUGAAGACGUGGGCAUGUCGUUGGAACUUGGAUAUCGGUGAACUUAUUGAUGACGCUGGAUUAGAUAUUACUUACGAGAAGCGUGUUCACCUUGGAUCAACGUGGAUGUUAGUGUGCAAGCGUCCAGAAGACCCUAUUCGUCUAGAUGAAAAGCCGUUUAUCAAGAAAUUAUUUGGUUCAGACGUUACUCAAAUUAAGAAAGAGUAA